AUGUCUGACUCAUUCACGGAGGUGACAGCUUCGGACGUCUCACAUCUUACCCAAAAUUCACCGAAUGAACUACUACAGCAAUUACAAGAGCAAUUACGAAGUCAACAAGAGUUUUUCAAUCAGCAACGAGAAGUUUAUCUACAAGAACUACUAAAUCAACAACAUCAACAACAACAAAAUGUCCAACUCUCGAAGAAACCGUUAACAGAUUCUCUGCAAAGCACUCAUUGGAGCUUUACACAAGGUCUAGUGGUUGGCCAAUUGAGUGUAAUAUUUAUUAUCAUAGUUUUCAUCAAAUUUUUUGUAUUUGCAGAUUCGGCAACAUUACCAUCAAAGACUAUACUUCGAGAUGCAUCUGGUGUCAUUGUUAAAAGAGAUAGCUUAUCAUCUAAACCAAAUAAUACAACAAAUUCAUAUUUAAAUUCACAACAAGUUGAUUCUUUAGUUGAGGAUGAAAAAAUGUUAAACAAUAAAGCAAAAGUUACAAAAAUUCUAGAAAAGACUUACUAUGAUGUAAACAAUCAUUCAUCAGAAUCCCUAGAUUGGUUCAAUGUUUUAAUAGCUCAAACAAUAUCACAUUUGCGAACAGAAGCACUUUUAUCAGAUAAUAUUUAUCAUUCUUUAAAUGACUUUUUAUCUGAAACAGACAUGCCUGAAUUUAUGGAUAGGAUAAAGUUAACUGAAAUUGAUGUUGGUGAUGAUUUUCCAAUUUUUUCAAAUUGUAGAAUCAAACAAAAUGAUCAAAAAAACAAUCAUAGAUUAGAAGCUAAAAUUGAUGUGGAUUUAAGUGAUACAUUAACUUUAGGAAUUGAAACAAGAUUAUUAUUAAAUCAUCCAAGACCUUUAACAGCUAUUUUACCUGUUUCUUUGACUGUUUCAAUUGUUAGAUUUUCAGGUUGUUUAACUGUAUCAUUUAUCAAUACUAAUGAUCAAGAAUUCGUGAAUACAAAUACCACAAAAACCCAACAACAAGAACCACAACAUAAUAGCUCGAGUGAUGAAGAUAAUGAUGGAAAUAACAAUAAUACUGGUGCAGGCACGGCAUUAAUGUUUUCCUUUUCUCCAGAUUAUAGAUUAGAAUUUGUUGUCAAAUCACUUAUUGGUUCAAGAGCAAAAUUGCAAGAUGUUCCUAAAAUUUCAUCUUUGGUUGAAAAUAGAUUGAAAACGUGGUUUGUCGAAAGAUGUGUUGAACCAAGGUUUCAAGUAGUUCGAUUACCUUCAUUGUGGCCAAGAACAAAGAACACUAGGGAGCCAUCAACUAUGAAUUCAAAUGAUGAUGGAAAUGAGGAACAUAGUUAG